CAAGCAACCGAGACAAUAUUCCAAUGGCGGGGCAAGGACAGCAGAUCGAUUUGGCACAGCUGUCUGCGCAACAGCUAUCUCAAGUCAAGAAACAACUCGACGAUGAGGUUCAGCACUUGACCAAUUCCUACCAGAACCUGCGCACUGCCCAGCAAAAGUUCCGCGACUGUAUAGUCAGCAUCAAGAAUGGCGUGGCAAGCAGUGCUGAAGCGAAGCCGCUACUUGUGCCUUUGACCUCCUCUCUCUACGUGCCUGGAACGCUGGCCGACACUGAAAAAGUGCUGGUUGAUGUAGGAACUGGCUUCUAUGUGGAAAAGGAUGUCGCAAGCGCGCAAAAGUUCUACGAAGGCAAGAUUGAAGAGCUUGGGAAGAACAUCAAGGAAUUGGAGAACAUUGUGAACAGCAAGGCGAACAAUCUGCGUGUAGUGGAGGAGGUCCUGCGACAAAACGUGCUUGCAGGUGGGCAGCAACCUAGACAAGCAGCUGCUGGGGCCUGAAGUGAGCACCCAGCAAGAUCGCGAAGCAUGUGAGAUGAUGAAACUCAUCCCUCGUAUCGUGCAGUAAGACGAUGAGUUGUGCCUCAGCCAUCACUCCAAGCGUCGGGGUAAGAGUGUCAAUGCGGGCACCGAACGAGAAAGAGCUGGCAGCACUUGUCAUGGGCCAUUGUGCCAAGCAACAGAGCAGCUACGGAGGACUCUAUACUGUGCUGAGGCUGGGCGGCAUUGCAAUACUGCGGGUAGCUUGCGAAAAUGCAAGCCAGAGCGAGGAUGUAGCGAGAGAUGCGCACGUAGCAUUGCAUAACCCAUGCGCCUUCUCGCGUCAAAGGCAUACUGAAAGCGACA